AUGGUUGCGACAGAAUCUGCUUUCAUUGAAGGGAGGUCCAUUCUUGACAACGCUAUGGUUGCUACAGAAAUUAUUCAUGCGUUGAAAAGAAAGACGAGUGGUAGAAUGGCUAACCUAGCGCUAAAGAUUGAUAUUAGUAAAGCUUACGAUAGAGUCGACUGGGGUUUUCUGCGAGAGAUUAUGGUACGCAUGGGGUUUGAUGAGAGAUGGAUUCACUGGGCAAGUCUUAUGGAGGUGUCUCACCUUAUGGAGGUCCUAAAAAUUUAUGCUGAGGCGACGGGUCAAGUGAUUAAUCUCUCUAAAUCCGAAGUUUUUUCCAGCCGUAACCUGAGCAGGCCGGCUCAAGAGGAUUUAGCCAAAGUGAUGGGGGUGAGAAGUGUUAUAGGAACAGGGACAUAUUUGGGUCUACCGUCAAUGAUUGGUAGAAGUAAGAAGGCGGUGUUCUCUUUUAUUAAGGACCGGAUAUGGAGAAGAAUCAAUUCUUGGAGUGGUAGGUCUUUAUCUAAAGCGGGAAAGGAGGUUAUGAUUAAAUCAGUGCUUCAGUCGAUUCCAGCUUAUAUUAUGAGUAUCUACUUGAUUCCGGAUGGUGUGGUGAAUGAUAUUGAAAAAAUGCUCAAUUCAUUUUGGUGGGGGGGAGGUCGUAAUAACAAAGGUAUAAGGUGGUUGGCUUGGGAGAGAAUGACUAUGAUGAAGAAGGAAGGAGGUCUGUGUUAG